GCGUCACCCCAGGAGCCAGAUCUCAGCCGCGGCAGGGACAAGUGAGAAGGAGGGCAGGCAGAGAGCCUGGCCCGGGCUCACCUGCCUCCUGGAAGGGCCGUCCUGCGCUGUCAGACCCGGGCUCCCUACCCUGCCCUGUUUCUCACGGGCCCAGAAGGGGAGGGCUGCUCCCGAAUUUCCUGCAGACCGUGUGGUCCCCGGGGUUGCCUCCGUCUAGGCUGCUGGGUGCCCCUUCCCUACAGGGGACGCCCUGUUUCAUGUUCAGCUGGACAUCGGAAUGGAGUUUCUGGCUUUGGGUUGAAAAGCAGCGUCUUAGCCAACGGCUGGCUGGGAGGUGUUCCUAGGAGAGGUGCUGGCUGUCUGCGCUGGACCAGCGGCUCCUUGGGGCGGGAGAGGGAGCUGAGGCAGCCCCAUCUGGGGUCCCAGCCUGCCGGUCUGGCUUCGUGGGUGAUGCCGCCAUGACGAGCCGCUGGCCAGGCUGUCGGGAAGGUCUGUGGAGGGUCCAGGCUCCGACGCAGCAGCGCUGGCCCUGCGCGCCCUGCCCGCCCCUGGCCACCGUCUCCCCCUGCUGGGUCCCCGCCUGUGAGCUCCGCUGGCCCGCACGGCUGCAGGGGUCACAAACACUCUUUCAGGGCGGCUCUUCCCCAGUCAGCUGUCCUACAGACUCUAGUUCACACCUGCAAAACCCUUCUCUGAACCUCUUUCCAAAAGCAUGUUGUUGUUUUCUGAAGCCUGAAGUGACAUCAGGUCGGUCUGGGGGUGUUUCAGGUGUUUUGGGGAGAGGUGAGUAGCCUGCCGCUGCCGUCCCCACACUGAGUCCACGGGAGGGCUCUCGGCCUGCCGACCCACAGCCUGACUUCGUCGUGAGCCCCGGGCCCUCAGCAGGUGGAAGCCGAGCGCUGACGCACCCGGGUCUGUGGGGGUCGUGACAGUGGGCAGGGCCGGCCGGCAUCUGCUUGCCUGGGGCUCACCCCCCUUUCCCCUGGGGUGGGGGUCCUUGUGCAGACCCUGGGGUGAGCGCCCAGGGUCAGGGUGUAUCUCCCGGUGUCACCAGAGUGGCCCAGCUGAAGAGGUUUGGCACUGGGCCCUUGGUUCCGAGCCCCACAUUUUUCAGAAGAGAAAACCAAGAGCCACAGAGAGGAGAGGGUCUGUCACCCCCAGCUUGUCUCAGAGGCUGGGAUCCAGCCCCUUGGCUCCGUCUGUUCGAGUGGGGCCCUAAGGACUGGGUAAAGCCCCCUGAGGUCAGGCCCCGGGGGAACCCCAGCCAGGCUGCACUCCCCCGUCUCUGCCAAGGCUCCUCGCCCUGGGCCUGGGCCCGGAGGCCAGGCGGACCCGGUGGGCUCGGCGCGGGCAGACGUGGGGCCUGGGGUCUGCCCCAGCGGACUUGACCCGGUGGACGGGGGUCCUGGGCCCUGGGUGCCCUGCCGGGUGACAUCACGGUGGGCAGGUCCCCAGGGGAGGCAUCCCUGGGAAGGCGCUGGAGUCCCGGCCAGGCUGGCAGGUCCCUGAGGGUCUGCUUGGUCCAGCGCAGGCCCCCUGCCCUUCCUUUUCCCACCGGGGGUGGGCGGGGCCUCCGCCUGUGGGAAUGUGAGCCCAGCUCUGUAAACAGCUGGUGACUCACCGCCCAGCUAUGCCCUGGCGUGCUGGGAGCGGGCUGGAAUGAUAGCGGCCCCUCCUCGCUCAGCAUGGAGAAGUUUCUCAUGGCCUCUCAGCCGCCCGGCCCGCCGGCCCUCCCAGUGGCUUCUCCAGGCCCAGACUGACCCCCGAGCCGGGGAAGGGUGGCCCAGAGGGCGUCCUGGGUACCCAGGGGUCAAGCCGCAGUCAGGCUGCAGCUCUCACCGCCUGCUGGGGCCGCGGUGGGCACAUGCGCAAGCCCACGAGGGCCUGCCCCCAGGGCUGGGAGAGCAGAUGGGGCACAGGCCGGGGUGCUGAGAUCCUCUGGUGCUGAAGGGUGGACGGGCUGCCAGAGGCGGGGCCGGGGCCUGGGGGUGCCGGCGGUGCCACCGUGAGGGUCUCGGGGCUCCAGGGGAAGGCGGCCCAGCGCGUCUCCCUCACCUGGAGACGGGGCCCCUGCUGAGCCUCCGUGUCCGCCCCCAGAGCCUCCUCGGCAUCUCUGUCUGCUCAGCUCCCCUCGGGGUGCCCGUGAGCCCGAGGCCCGUGCGUGCGUUGGGGCCGGGUCUUCCGCGCGCCUUGCCCGGCUGCAGGCCUGGGGGCCGCUUGCCCACAAGGGCCCCGCACUGUGCUGUCAGUGCGGCCUGCCCAGAGCCGUUGUUGCUGUGGGCUUCUCCGUUUCCAUGGCGACCAUCAGGGGCUGGCUACGUCCCAAGGUUGCCAUGGCAACUAUCAGAGGGGAAUCAUGCUUGGGAUGCUUUGGCUGGCUUUUUCAUGAAUGAUUAGAAUGUGUGACACAAUGCAGACGCGAAAAUGAGAAGGGCGGGCGGUGGGGGCUGGCGGGUGGCGGGCGGCGGGGACAGCUCCCGCCAGACGGUCGGUGGGCGCUGGAGGCAGCGACUCCCGCUCCCCCAGUCCGGGGCUGGCCCGUGUCGGGAGCCCCCACCCACCCUCUGGGCCUCGGGUCAUGGCUGUGGGGCAGCCUCAGUGGAGGGGGUGAUGUCACCGCUGCAGUGCCCUUGGAGGAGCUACCAUUUCCAGGUGGUUCUGUCCGGGUGACUGUGCCCAGGUUAUGACGACUAAUCCCAAAGCGAACAAGGCGUUGAAGGUCAAGAAGGAGGCGGGCGAGAACGCCGCAGCGCUCAGCGACGAUGAGCUGGUGUCCAUGUCGGUGCGGGAGCUGAACCAGCACCUGCGGGGCCUCACGCGCGAGGAGGUGGUGCGCCUGAAGCAGCGGCGCCGCACUCUCAAGAACCGCGGCUACGCGGCCAGCUGCCGCAUCAAGCGCGUGACGCAGAAGGAGGAGCUGGAGCGCCAGCGUGUGGAGCUGCAGCAGGAGGUGGAGAAGCUAGCCCGCGAGAACAGCAGCAUGCGGCUCGAGCUGGACGCCCUGCGCUCCAAGUACGAGGCGCUGCAGACCUUCGCCCGCACCGUGGCCCGCGGCCCUGUCACGCCCACCAAGGUGGCCACCACCAGCGUCAUCACCAUCGUCAAGUCCGCCGAGAUGGCCGCCUCCGCCUCCGUGCCCUUCUCGGCCGCCUCUUAGUGCCCGCCCGGCCGAGGGGCGCGGUCCCGCGGAGAGUGGACCCUGUGAACUCCUGUGGGCCGGCAGGCGGGAACAGAGGGCGUUCCGCGCGCCGCCCGCCCUGCACACUCGCACGCGCACGCGCACCGCACGCCCCGCCUGCCCCGGGCUCCGCCGCCCACUCCGGGCCGUCUCCCGCUUCCGGCUGCCUCCCGGGUUCUCUGUCUGGCGCCGGCAGGGGCAGGGUGUGUGGACGGAGGCUCUCAGGAGGCCCCCAGCCCAGACGUCUUCCACCCCUCCCUCGAGCUGCUCGUCUGCACGCGGCAGCGUGUCCACACCCCGCACGGGCCAGCACCCCUUCAACACGCCAACUGCGCCUGGGCGCCCGGGAGGAACCGCCCCCUGCGGGGUCCAAACACUGUGACCCUGCUGCAGCCUUGGCCAGUGGCCCAGACCCCCUGAGUGGGCGGAGGAAGGGCUGAGUGCGUGCGCCAGGGUGUGCCAGCCUGCACACACCUGUGCGUGUGAACAUGCGCACAUGUGUACCUGCCGUCCUGCCGGGCGCCAGCCGCUCUGGGGGCCUCCGGGAGCGGGAGCGGCUUGUUCCUGGGGCACGUGCAAGCUUUGGGUUUCCUCUCCCUGUCGGGUGACCCAGGGGCGGUCCCCAGCGAGGAGCAGCAGCCGCCUGGCCAGGAGAGGGGAGCCCUGGGGGCAGGCGGGGGGGGGCACAUUCUGUGGGGAGCAGGUGUGAAGUUGGCAGUAGCCGAGGUCCUGCUGGAUGAGAUGGAAAGCAGGGAGGAGUGUUGAUGGUGGGGGAAGGUGAGGAUGGGGGUGGGGAGGCCGCAAGGACCUGCCUCCCGGGGCACUCGGAUGGUCGGCCAGCAGAGGACGUGGGACUCUGUCACCUUGGUGCUCAAUCGCUGCCUGGAACCUUCACCCACUCUCCCUUCUUGGCACUCAGAGCCACUGAUGAUCCGGCGGCCUUUGCUGGGUGUCCCUUCCCUGAGCGUGGCCAGGCUUGGCCGCCCCUUCCUGCCCUUCUUGGGAAAGGGCUGGGCUGAGAGGCGGGUGGUGGGUGGGCGGUGAGCCCCAAGCCCCCCGCAGGCCGGAAGCCCUGAGCUGCAGCUCUGGCUCCUCGGCUUGCUUCCCACCGUUAGCCCACCUGGGAGGAGGAGGUGGCGUGUGGGAAGGGCAGAGGGCCCCAAGGGCUGCAGAUGGAAAGCGUCCCCCUGUCUGGGGGGAGGCGCAGCCUCGGGGACGUCUGGGUCCCUUCAGAGCCAGGCGGGCAUGUAGAGAAGCUGUCCAUACCAUAGCCAUGGUAGGUAAUCCACAUUGGAUAUCAAUAAGGACCAUGGGGAUAUUUAAAAGAGAGAAAAGUAUAUAUAUAUAAAAAAUUAUACACAUUUUAUCGUGCAGAUUUUCGUACCUUUUCUUCCUAUUUGAUACUGUAAAUCUCUAUAGAGCAGAGCUCCCUGGUAGUGCGGGUGGGGGAGACCCCCUCCCACGCCUGGCCUCUCAAGUCGGCCGCCCACCGCCCAGUGCUGCCCUCGGGCCUCCGACCAGGCCUGGGAGACCCGUGUGCCCCCUCCUCCUUCCAGAGCGCUGGAGUUUCAUUGUCACAGUUUUAAUAUAUGGGUUUUUUUUAUUUAAGAAGACAGCCCCGUCCCCCUGUUCCCGGGCGACAGGGCCCUGCGCGUCAGCUCCACACCCGUCUCCCACACCUCCGGCCACUCAGCAGUUUCAUUUCAAUAUUUAUUUUUGUGCUGCUUUUAUCAUGAUAUAAAUUAUUGAGAAGAGACCCUAUGUUGUGGCCCCGAGGUGCGAAGCGGCCCACCCGGCCGGCCACACCUAAUUUAUUGCUGUACAUCUCUGCUGUGACGCUUUUGUACCUUUCAAUAAAGAGUUUUCUGGUUU